CAAACACAAACACACUCACACAGAGAGAAGAAGAAAAAUGUCAGGGUGGGAUGAAGGAGCGGUAUUCUACAGCGACCAAGCACAGUUCCCUCACGGCGGCAGCGAGGCGGAGCAGGCGGCGAGUCGGCACACGGUGCUGGUGAAGCUGAAAGAGUUUAUCAGAAACUUCGCUCGGCAAAAUGAACCAAAUGUGUUUCCGUACAGAGAAAGCCUUAUUGAAAACCCUAAAUUCCUUUUGGUUAAUUUAUCAGAUCUCCUCUCUUAUGAUAAAGAUCAAGAUCUUCGCGAUUUGCUCCGUAAAAACCCUUCCGAUUACCUCCCUCUGUUUGAAACUGCUGCGGCAGAGGUUAAUGCAAGUUUGAAAUCAAGAGUUGCUGGAGACGCGGGUAAAUUGGAGGAACCACAAAUAGGAGAGGUUCAGAUUUUGUUGACAUCUGAUGAGGACCCUGUAUCAAUGAGAUCUCUUGGGGCACAAUACAUAUCUAAACUGGUUAAGAUAUCUGGGAUUACUAUUGCUGCAUCACGUACAAAGGCCAAAGCCACUUAUGUGCAUUUGAUUUGCAAGAACUGUAAAGAAACGAAGGUGGUUCCUUGCCGCCCUGGGCUAGGUGGAGCAAUUGUGCCAAGAUCAUGCCCGCAUGUACCACAGGCGGGUGAAACGCCUUGCCCCAUUGAUCCAUGGCUUGUAGUUCCAGAUAAAAGCAAGUAUGUUGAUCAGCAGACUUUGAAACUUCAAGAGAACCCUGAAGAUGUUCCAACAGGAGAGCUACCAAGGAACAUGCUUCUAUCCGUUGACCGACAUCUUGUGCAAACAAUUGUGCCUGGUACAAGACUGACUAUAAUGGGCAUUUACAGCAUAUUUCAAGCGGCCAAGUCAUCCACAUCUCACAAAGGAGCAGUUGCAGUUAGACAACCAUAUAUAAGAGUUGUUGGAAUAGAAGAAACAAAUGAAGCUACUCGUGGUCCUGCCAGUUUCUCAACAGAAGAGAUAGAAGAAUUCAAAAAGUUUGCAUCAGAAGGCAAUGUAUAUGAAAACAUAUGCUCUAAGGUUGCCCCAUCUAUAUUUGGCCAUGAAAACGUAAAAAAAGCUGUUGCUUGUCUAUUGUUUGGAGGAUCAAGGAAGACUUUGCCUGAUGGUGUGAAAUUAAGAGGUGAUAUUAAUGUUUUGCUCUUAGGAGACCCAUCCACUGCAAAAUCCCAGUUCCUGAAAUUUGUGGAGAAGACAGCUCCUGUAGCAGUAUAUACUUCUGGAAAAGGAUCAUCUGCUGCCGGGCUAACGGCUUCUGUUAUUCGCGAUAACAGCACUCGUGAAUUUUAUCUGGAGGGAGGAGCCAUGGUGUUGGCUGAUGGGGGUGUUGUUUGUAUAGAUGAAUUUGACAAAAUGAGGCCAGAGGACAGGGUUGCUAUACAUGAAGCCAUGGAACAGCAAACAAUAUCGAUUGCUAAAGCUGGUAUAACAACUGUUCUCAACUCUAGAACUUCUGUGCUUGCAGCUGCAAACCCUCCAUCAGGACGAUAUGAUGAUCUCAAGACUGCCCAAGAUAACAUUGAUUUGCAGACUACAAUUCUUUCAAGAUUUGAUCUGAUCUUCAUUGUGAAAGAUGUUAGGAUGUUCAGCCAAGACAAGAUUAUUGCCAGUCAUAUCAUUAGUCUCCAUGCAUCUGCUAAUGCAGCCACUGAUGUUAGGGAUGUCAAAGAAGAUAAUUGGCUUAAAAGGUAUAUUCAGUACUGUCGGACCAUGAGUCAACCUCGCCUAUCAGAUUCUGCAGCCAAGACGUUGCAGGAGAGUUAUGUUAAAAUUAGACAGGAUAUGAGGCGACAGGCAAAUGAAACCGGAGAAUCAACUGCUGUACCAAUAACUGUAAGACAGCUGGAAGCUAUAGUAAGGUUGAGCGAGUCACUAGCAAAGAUGAGACUGUCCAAUGUUGCAAAUGAUAACGAUGUUAAGGAAGCUAUUAAUCUUUUCAACAAUUCCACCAUGGAUGCAGCAAAGUCUGGACUAAACCAACAUAUUAAUCUUACUCCUGAGAUGGCAAAUGAAAUUAAGCAAGCAGAAUUCCAGAUAAAGAGAAGAAUGGGAAUAGGAAGCCAUUUAUCAGAGAGAAGACUGAUUGAUGAUCUCACCAGGACGGGCAAACUCAAUGAAUCAAUAAUCCGAAGAGCAUUGAUAAUUAUGCAUCAGAGAGACGAAGUCGAGUACAAAAGAGAAAGGCGUGUCAUUAUCCGGAAAGCUUGAAAAAUCUGUUUAUUUAGCAAGUUACUACAAGAAACUAUUGUAACUUAGUUUUCAAAAGCUUUGAUUGAUGACAAAUAUGUGCUUGAACCUAUAGCAGCAACGGCUAUAUGGUAAUCGUUGUAACUGCAUUUAACCUC